AUGGAAACUGAACAGCCAGAGGAAAACUUUCCCAACACUGAAACCAAUGGCGAGUUUGGUAAACACCCUGCUGAAGAUACGGAAGAGGAACAAGCUUUUAAAAGAUCUAGAAACACUGCUGAGAUGGUUGAAUUACGCAUUCUGCUUCAGAGCAAGAAUGCUGGGGCAGUGAUUGGAAAAGGAGGCAAGAAUAUUAAGGCUCUCCGUACAGACUACGAUGCCAGUGUUUCAGUCCCAGACAGCAGUGGCCCCGAGCACAUAUUGAGUAUCAGUGCUGAUAUUGAAACGAUUGGAGAAAUUCUGAAGAAAAUCAUCCCUACCUUGGAAGAGGGCCUGCAGUUGCCAUAUCCCACUGCAACCAGCCAGCUCCCUCUCGAAUCUGAUGCUGUGGAAUGA